AUGGAUUGUUAUCCAAGAGAGCACGUGAGGAAGAGAGGACGCCCGCCUAAGGACUGGGACAAGGAGAUGAAGAUGACCUGUGGGGGAGCAGCCUGGAAGAGAUUAGCAUUAGAGAGGAAAGAGUGGAAGCGGAUGGGACAGUGUCGUGUCAACGGCUGUGACAUCAUACGACGUUGCAAGGCUACAAGAGAGCGCUGUGUCACCAACGAAUCGCACAGCUUGCAGAAGUGCAUCUCCCUCAAUCGUGAAAGGAUGUCUCAAGAUCUCAAGAUCUUGCAUAACACAGGAAAACAUGCGCUCUAG